AAUUGCAUAAGUCACUGUUUGCAGAUUUCCCUUUGAGAGAAGUUACUUUCGAUGUAGACCUUUGAUCGACACGGGUUGGAACGUAGGAUUCAUUCUGAUUCGUCGAUGCUUGAUCUCGGUCGCUGGCGUACAUUCACAUGGAAGUAUUUUUAUGGGCUAUAGGAAAUCAACCUGUCGCCGUGUGGGUUUUGAUCGGAUACCUGACGCAUUUCGGGGUUAUUGUUGCUGACUAAUCACGAUUGAGAGAAGAGAAUAAUGCCCAAAGAUUUCCACUGGUCCCACUGCUGCAGAAAUGCCCUGAGGCUUAGUCUGGACUGAAGCCAAGGUGAUAUGCAUUGAGGAUGAGUGCUGUCGGGGAUAACUCAUCGGACCCUGCCAGGUCAGAGGGUCAGAAGCGUAAGGAAUGCCCAUCAGACCUCCUGGGCCCAAGUCCCAAACGAAGCACUGAGAAACGCAACCGGGAACAUGAAAAUAAGUACAUAGAGGAGCUUGCAGAGCUGAUUUUCGCAAACUUCAAUGACAUCGACAACUUCAAUGUCAAGCCUGACAAAUGUGCAAUCCUAAAGGAAACCGUGAAACAGAUUCGUCAAAUUAAAGAGCAAGAAAAAGCUGCUGCAGCCAAUGAGGAUGAAGUGCAGAAGGCUGAUGUGUCGUCGACAGGCCAAAGUGUUAUUGACAAAGAUGCCCUUGGACCAAUGAUGCUGGAGGCCUUAGAUGGUUUCUUCUUUGUUGUGAACAUGGAGGGGAACAUCGUGUUUGUGUCGGAGAACGUGACGCAGUACCUGCGGUAUAAUCAGGAAGAGCUGAUGAACACCAGUGUGUACAGCAUCCUGCAUGUAGGAGAUCAUACAGAAUUCAUCAAAAACCUCCUGCCCAAGUCACAUGUGAACGGAGUGCCGUGGUCCAGCGAGAAUCCUCGACGGAACAGCCACACCUUCAACUGCCGCAUGCUCGUGAACCCUCACAGCGAGGCCGAAGAGACGCAGGAUCACGAGGCACAGCAGAAAUAUGAGACUAUGCAGUGUUUCGCUGUGUCUGAACCAAAGUCCAUCAAGGAGGAGGGAGAGGAUUUCCAGUCGUGUCUGAUCUGCGUAGCGCGGAGAGUACCCAUGAAAGAGAGACCCAUGCUCCCCACGCACGAAAGCUUCACCACCCGCCAAGACCUCCAAGGUAAGAUCACCUCCCUGGACACCAGUCUGUUACGAGCGUCUAUGAAGCCAGGCUGGGAAGACUUGGUGCGGAGAUGCAUUCAGCGAUUUCACCUCCAGAACGACGGAGAUAUGUCAUUCGCCAAGCGGCAUCAGCAAGAAGUGAUAAGGCAUGGGCAGGCGUUCAGUCCCAUCUACCGGUUUUCCCUGUCCGACGGGACCAUCGUCUCAGCUCACACCAAGAGCAAACUGGUUCGCUCACCUGCUACCAACGAGCCACAGCUCUACAUGUCCCUGCACAUCUUACAGAGGGAGCAGCCCGUCUGUGGCAUGACCCCCGAUCUCGGAAAUGCUCAGGCUAUGGUCAAGCCCAUGAACCCCAUGAGCUCUCCCAAUCCAGCUGGUUCCUCCGGCGCCCCCCAGGGGCAGGAUGCCACCGUCAGCAGCAACACAUCCACUUUCCCCUCCCCUGGUGGCCAGAAGGAGCCUGGCGCCAUCGGACCUGUACAGGGCCACCGUUUCGGCUGCCCAGGGACCAUGAGCCAUUCGGCAACCAUGCAGGCGGCCACCCCUCAGGGCAGUGGCUAUCCACUGAAGUUGAGCAGCCCGUCUCAGGGCAGUCCGGGCAUGCUGUCUCCAUGCCACCGAGCAAGUCCCGGAGUGGCAGGGUCUCCACGUUUGCCCCCGCCUCAGUUCUCCCCAGCAGGCAGCCUCCAUUCACCUGCGAGCAUGUGCACUAGCAGUACAGGUGGCAAUGGGGGAGCAGGCGGUAAUCAUGGUUACACAAGCAGUUCCCUUAAUGCCCUUCAGGCGCUUAGCGAGUGCCACGGCGUGAGCCACGGCCAAUCGUUGGGCUCGCCCGACAGGAAGUUGGGCUCGCCAGCUGCGAUGGGCAUGAAUCUUCACCUGCUGAAUAAAAUGGGAGCCUCUGAGUCAUUCGGAGAGCAGAACCAAUCGGAGCAGGGCAACAACGGGCAGGACGAUGGCAUCGAACAGCAAAGAGACGAAAAGGGCCAGUUUAACAACCCGGACGCCAGUGACCCGCAGAACCGGCUACGUGACAACAAAGGACAUACUAAACUCCUGCAGCUCCUCACCACUAAAACUGAGCCUAUCGAGUCCACCUCACCCCCACCAAUGGGUGGUGGAGAGCCCGGGGGUAAAGACCCCACCGGCGGCCCAGGAAAUGGCGGCAUGGGCUCUCAAAACGGAGCCGGGACACAUGCUACCUCUCUGAAGGAGAAGCAUAAGAUCCUUCACAGACUUCUCCAGAACAGUUCAUCGCCCGUCGACCUGGCCAAACUCACGGCCGAGGCCACGGGGAAGGAGCUGUGUCAGGAUUCUGCAGGUGGGACGGCCGGUGUGGCUGAUUUAGCCAUUAAACAAGAGCCCGUCAGCCCCAAGAAGAAGGACAAUGCCCUGCUGCGCUACCUACUGGAUAAAGAUGAUAACGCACUCAAGGAAAAAGGAUCUGGGGAGAUAAAGGUGGAGGGCGGUAAGAUGCAGGGAAUUAAGACCGAGAAAACCGAUGGUGGCUAUGAGCGUGUGGAGCAGUCGAGCGAGCUGGAUAUUAUCCUGGAUGAUCUACAGAACAGUCAGCCAAGCCUGUUCACGGACUCCCGGCCGGUGUCUUUGCCUGCUGCCGUGGACAAGCAGUCAAUCAUCAAUGACAUCCUUCAGAUGACUGGAGAGGGUGGAGCCAGCAUGGGUCCCCAGCAACAGAGAGCACUACAGGCUGUGGGCCAACAGAAUUUCGGUGCGCCGCGGCAAGGGCAUCCCGGCAGAGCUCCUCCGGUCAGAAGCGUGUCUUUGGAAAUGAACAUGCCUGCUAAAGGUGCUCAGGGUCAGUACCCUCUGAUGAGGAACAACAGCCCCUACUCACUCAUGCAGCAGCAAGGCAUGAUGGGAAACCACAGUGGCAUGUCUGGUCAGCCCAACAUGGUCAAUGCAGGAGUCAUGGGUAAUAACGUUUCCCGUGUAGGAAUGCAGCAGGACGGUUGGGGCGCACAGGGUCCUGGUCCCGUCGGUAGCGCGACCUCACCCGCCACAGCUGCUCCCGCCGGCCAGCACCCAAUCCCGCAGGGGGCGCUCCACGCUCGCAUGGUGGCUAACUCUGGCACAGGCAUGCCCAUGAGGCCCAACAGCCAGCCUGGACCCAGACAGAUGCUUCAGUCCCAGAUGAUGACCAAUGCCCAGUCAAAUAUGGAUAUGGGCAUGGCUGGCCACCAGUUUCCCCAGCAACAGGCACCGCCCAAUCAGACGGCUCCAUGGCCAGACAGUGUGAUGCCUAUAGAGCCGGUGCCAUUUGGGAACCAGAACAGCUCCAUAUACAGCGGUUCUCAGGAGGAUGUGCUGGGCCCUCCUCCCUCUGAGGGUCCGGCCGAUGAGGGCGCUCUCCUCAGCCAGCUCUACAAGGUCCUCAAAGAUUUUGAUGGUCUAGAGGAGAUAGACCGUGCACUCGGUAUCCCGGCAUUAGUGGGACAGGCCCAGCCGGUGGAGCAGGAUCAGUUCUCCGGUCAGGACCCGGGUAUGAUGAUGGAUCAGAAGCCGCCCAUGUACAGCCAACAGCAGUACGCUGCGUCCCAGGCCCACAUGCAGCAGGGCGGGUACACACCCAUGCAGGACCCCAGCUUCCACGGCAUGACGGGACAGAUGGGACAGAGGCCGGGAUACCCCAUGCUCCGUGUGCCGGCCAGACCAGGACUCAGGCCCACCGUGGUCGUCCCUAACCAACCCAAUACACUCAGACUGCAGCUUCAACACAGGCUACAAGCACAGCAGAAUCGUCAGCCUAUGAUGAAUCAGAUGACUGGAGUGUCAAAUAUGAACCUACCUCUAAGACCCAACGUUCCAAAUCAGGGGACAAUCAACGCUCAGAUGCUGGCCCAGCGGCAGAGAGAGAUGCUGAGUAAUCACUUGCGUCAGCGUCAGCUGGACCAACAGCGACAGCAACAGCAGCAGCAACAGCAGCAGCAACAGCAGCGCAGCAUGGUCAUGCGAGCCCAGGGUCUCAACCUGCCGCCCAACAUGGCCUCCGCAGGCAUGCCCGGAACCAUGAGCAACCCGCGGAUCCCCCAGGCCAACCCCCAGCAGUUCCCCUAUCCGCCCAACUACGGUACAGGACUGGCCUCGCCACCCCCCUCCACCAGCCCUUUCUCCCCCGGUUCUCCCAACCUCCCCGCCCCCCAGCUCCUCUCCCACAGCGCCAUGCAUGGCUCUCAGAUGAGUCUAGCUAACCAGGGGAUGCUGGGCAGUCUGAGCGGACAGUUUGGGGCUGUUAUGAGCCCUCAAAUGCAGCACAGUGCCUUUCAGUUCCCCAGCUCAGGUAUGAGUCAGCAGUCAGAUGGUGGGUUCGGUGGUGCCGCCACCCCUCAGAGCCCCCUCAUGUCUCCCAGGAUGGGCCACGCCCAGAGUCCCAUGAUGCAACAGGCCCAGGGCAACACUUCUUUCCAGUCCUCCCCUGAAAUGAACGGUUGGACACAGGGCAACAUGAAUGCCAACAGUAUGUUCACUCAGCAGUCGCCACCUCAGUUUGGCCAGCAGGCCAAUAACAACAUGUACAACGGUAACGGCAUGAACCUCAACGUGCCCAUGGCCACCAACUCGAGCAACAUGGGCCAAAUGGGCAACCAGAUGAGCAUGAGCUCAAUGAACUCUGGACCUGGGGGCAGCAUGGCCAACAUGGGCCCUGAACAGCAGAAGUAUUGUUGACACGGGGCAGACGACAUCACAAUGCAGUAAACCGAGUUUAAUGAAGAUGUUUCAUGAGUGAUUUUCUGCUGCAGCGUGAUCAAGGAGAGUUUGGAGUGAUGCUGUGCUAUUUAAGCUGCUAUCGGGGCCGUACGGGUCUUUAGAGAGCCUGUCUACUGCCCCCUACUGGACAUCUCUAGAGGAUGCAACAGGGGUACUGGAGCUCGGAGGGGACUGACACUCUCCCUCAAACACACACACACGCACACACACACUGACACUUUGAUCUUCUGGACCUAGAGCCCCCUCCCACCCCCUCAGUCGAGCACGGCCUUCUGUCUCGUACUUACACCGUAAGCCCUUUCCGUCAGUCUGCUCCGUUGCAUUCACCGUAGUGUGACUUAGGUCUCCCCUGUCCGUGGCAUCGGAAUCCUUGUCUCCCAUGAAUGUAUUCCUCCCUCUCUUUUUCUCUGUCUUCUCGUUCUCGUUUCUUCCUCUGGACUUCAGGCUCUUCUUAAGAAGACGUUCUAUUGCCCAACCAUCUUUCUCUCUGACUCCUUUCCAAUCUGACGGUCCAAAAACAGGCAAGAAUACUGCAUUUGAAAUGCACGCUCAAAAUUCAGCCACUUUGCCUUUUUGUUUUCUUUAUUGUUUUGUUUCAGAGUGCAAAUAAAGAUAGAAUGAUGUUGAAACGGCAUCUAUAUAGAUUAUGAGAAUCCAGAUGAUGGUUUGUAAAAUUAGCUUGAUUUAGUCAAGAGGUUUAUUGUGUAUUAAAUUAAGUUUUAUUCUAAUGUAUAGUUUGUUUUUUAAUAACAGUGUAGAUUUCUUUAUAAACCAUCAGUUAGAAAGAGAAAAAUCACUGAGAGUGCAUACGAAAUGCCUCAGCAUAAGAUAAAGUUCAACAUGGAUUUCGUUUUCAUUGGUCCAGUAGUUUCAGAGAGAAGGUGAUUUUGUUGUGGUUAGUCAAAUGAAAUACUGGUAGAUUGUAAAUACCAAUUCUGGGGGGUGGGGGGGAAUCUGUUUCGUAUUAUAUUUAAUUUUUUUUCCCCCAGUAUAUUUCCCCUUCCUCCCCUCAAAUUCCAGUCUUAAUUGUUUCUGGAACUAGGACGGAGUUUCUCACCACGAGCAUGUUCGUUUGGCGGGAAGAUGAGGAUGUGCUGAUUCCUGUGGUACUAAGGAAGGGGGAGCCGGGGUCCGGUGGCUCUUCUUUCCUGGGUGGGGGUCUGGGAGGGUGCUGUGUGUACAGUGUACAGAUACUCGCUUGCUUCUAAGCCUUUAGCCGGGAGCCCCACCGGAGGAACCCAACACAGCCAUAAACUCAACACUGAAGCCUGCUUUCUUUGUUGUGUGGAGUGACGUGCUUCAUGCCAGAUGCUAUAGGUACAAGCAGAAUCCGGUGUGUGUAAGAAAAGACAACAAGCAAUAAAUAUUACUUGAGGUUUU